AUGUCCGGGACAACGGAGGAGAGCUCGUCCGAUGUCUUUGGUCCUCGGGAAGAAGUAGGCCGUCCGCUUGGGAGGGAGAUUCGGCUCCGUGUUGACGUCGAAGGGGUAAACGGUCUACCUGUGAAAACGGCGGUGCCUCAACAUGACGACGCUCGCCGAUUAUAUCUGGUGUCCUUCUACACUGUCACGGACAAGGGCCCGUCUGAUAUAGGUACCUCAGGAGCAUAUGAGGGCAGCGGAUCCCUUCAGGGCACGGUGCAAUGGAACGAGACCCUCUACAUCCGCUGUUUGGAGAUGUCAUACAUCCGCAUCUGUCUGGAUCGCUUCGACACUGGAGACCGCGACGUCGCUACCACAAUCUACGAAACGUGCAUGCCUGCUAUGGACUUUGUUUCCGCCGGACCGCCCAUGCUUCUUAAUGGCCCUGGUCCCGAUCACAACUCAUGCAACAUGUUCCUUUCCGUCACCCGAUUCGUUCCAGAAGGCGAGGAAGAAACCUGCGAUCUGAGUACUUCAUGCCUGCACGGCAAGCAUGCUCGACGCCACGUUGAUCCGACCGCGCUAUCCGGCGUAUGGGGUGCUGCUUUCAGGCAGAUGUCAAUUCUACUGGAGAUUGCCAGUCAAUUCAAGGUCACGUCAGCGCUUGGAAAUCCGUCUCAGAGCUUUCUCUACGAAGCAUACCAAGCCCAUCAUAACGACACUGAAGGGAUCCGGCAGCUUGAUGAAUAUGCAGGGAAAGCCUUUGCAUGCAUGCAGGGGUUCACCGACGUGAUGCGACGACCUGUCGCACGUUCACGCGAGCAAAUCAAGAAAGACUACACAUAUCGUGUCAUGUAUGAAGUGUAUUUCGGGUUACGACAGAUGCACGACGCGCAUUGGCCGAGCCUCCAUCAUGGAUACGAGGCAGAGUCAGCGAGGCUUGCCUGGAUCAUCGUCACCCCAGACCCAUCUGCAGCGCCUACUGGGGACCCGGCGACGAUAGCUAAGGACGCCCUCCUUCUUGUCCUCGACGCCAUCGUACAAUCUUCCGAUGCAUUUCCACCGCUGAAGAGCGCAGCCAGCGGCUUGCUCUUCUUCGCUACCUGUGCGGACAUGGCAUGCGGCAAUAAGAAGCAGAUCCGCGACAUGUACAAGCGCAUACAGGGCUUAGCCGCUUCGCUCAAACGUGGGACCAAGCAGGGCGGCCCAAUCACCCCCGAGCAUCAAGACGCCAUCGAAGUUCUUGCAACUGAUAUCGAGUCCUUGAAGGGAGAUCUUGAAGGCAUCAUCUCCGAACGCAAGAGCCGCUUCAAGCGGUUCUUCUCGGCGAAACGACACCGCGCAGAGCUGAAAGACGUCGUGGAACAGCUCGAGACCGCCAAAUCGAACUAUACCACUGCAUUGGCUACGCUGAACGCCGUGACGAUCGCCGAGGUCAAUAGUGAUGUGAGGGCUAUCGCGCUCGUACUGAAUGCGCGCGGGGUGUACAUGCCCGGGACGCGUCGGAAGACACUACCGACAGACGACACAUCCGACGAAAACUUCUCGCUCGACGUCCUCGUCCAGGAUAUAGUCCACCUCCUCCCCACCGCGUUCCCAGAUCCCAAGACGGCGCCGACGUUUUUCCUCGUGGGACAUACGCUCGGAUACCGCAUCGGGGGCGUCGCGGUGCUCGACGUCGUAGAAGGCUCUGCAUUGGAAGCCCUCCCCCUAAUGCCCACGAUCAUCGCCUUGCGCCCCGUGGGGUUCGACAGCCCCGAAGAAGCGAUCGAAUGGCACGUCUCCGCCUCGCAGAUCCGCAACGCGACGUCCGCGCGCGUGUCCGUGCCGUCGCUCAUCGUGCCCGCGCCGUCCGAUCCGGGGACGUUGAGGGCGCGCGCGUUUGUGUGGCGAACGCCGUUGGGGACGACUGGGCCGUAUUGGGAGAGCUGGUUCCGCGGUCUGUCGGCGUCGUUCCUCAGCGCGCGGACCGCGCGGCUGCUCAUUCCGGCGGGGACGGACAGGCUGGAUAAGGAGUUGAUGAUUGGGCAGAUGCAGGGCAAGGUCCAGAUGGAGGUUGUGCCCGGGACUGGACAUAUGCUGCACGAAGACGACCCGGUGCGGUUGGCGGAGAUACUGGUCGAGUUCUGGAGGAGGAACGAUAGGGUUGUUGUUGGAGUUAAGAAAGUUGGGGAGUUAUAG